AUGGACGGGUUGUUGAUCAACACUGAAGACUUAUACACCUUGGUAACAAAUGAAGUUUUGGCUGAAUACGGGAAAGGCCCAUUAUUGUGGGACGUUAAAAUUCAACUGCAAGGUUUGCCGGGUCAUCAAGCAGCCCAAAAGAUCUUAGAUCACUUUCAAUUGCCUCUAACACUGGAGGAAUUUGAUGAAAAGGUUCUGGCACUGCAAAACAUUAAAUGGCCUACAUGUUCGUUCUUGCCUGGAGCUCUAGAUUUGAUUAGGUACUUGCACUCAAAAAAUGUGCCCAUUGCCUUGUGUACAUCUUCCACAAAAUUUAAGUUCGAGGGCAAAACUGGUCAUUUAAAGAAGGGCUUCAACCUUUUCGAUAUUAUUAUUACUGGUGAUGACUCUCGAAUCCCUCAUGGCAGGGGAAAACCGUUUCCGGACAUUUGGCAGUUGGGCCUCAAGGAGCUGAACUCAAAGUUCAGCACAAACAUUCAACCUGAGGAAUGUCUCAUUUUUGAAGAUGGGUUGCCAGGGGUAGCUGCCGCCAAAUCUGCAGGUGCAUAUGUGGUGUGGGUUCCUCAUCCAGAUGCGUACGAGGUACUAGGGGACACAAAAGCUGUGUUGGACGGGAACGGCGAGGUGUUGAGUUCCCUAACACAUUUGGAUAAAGCCAAGUUCGGGCUAUAG